AGGCGCGCUUUAAUGACGUCACUACGCCUUCGGUUGAAGUCAUCAUAACGCGCCCUACAGAAAGCUCCUAAAGCGCAGCCAGCGUUAAUUGCCGUCUCCAAGAAUGUCUCGUCGAUAUGAUUCCAGAACAACCAUCUUCUCCCCUGAAGGGCGUCUGUACCAGGUUGAGUACGCCAUGGAAGCCAUUGGACAUGCUGGUAGCUGCCUGGGAAUUUUAGCCAACGAUGGAGUGCUGCUGGCUGCAGAGAGGAGGAACAUCCACAAGCUGCUGGAUGGAGUGUUUUUCUCUGAGAAAAUCUACAAGCUGAACGAAGACAUGGCAUGCAGUGUAGCAGGAAUCACAUCCGAUGCCAACGUACUGACCAACGAGCUUAGGCUUAUAGCUCAGAGGUAUCUGCUGCAGUACCAGGAACCAAUCCCCUGUGAGCAGCUGGUGACGGCGUUGUGUGACAUCAAACAGGCCUACACUCAGUUUGGAGGGAAGCGUCCAUUUGGAGUCUCGUUGCUCUACAUGGGCUGGGACAAACAUUAUGGUUUCCAGCUCUACCAGAGUGACCCAAGUGGAAACUACGGUGGCUGGAAAGCCACCUGCAUCGGGAACAACAGUGCUGCAGCCGUGUCUAUGCUGAAGCAGGACUUCAAGGAGGGAGAGAUGAAGCUGUCCUCUGCCCUCGCUCUCGCCGUUAAGGUUCUCAACAAAACCAUGGAUGUCAGCAAACUGUCCGCAGAGAAAGUGGAGAUCGCCACCCUGACCCGCGACAACGGCAAGACCUGCAUCAAAGUGCUGAAGCAGAAGGAAGUGGAGGAGCUGAUCAAGAAGCACGAGGCGGAGGAGGCCAAAGCAGAGAAAGACAAGAAGGAGAAGGAGCAGAAAGAGAAGGACAAGUAGUGACGCCUGUGUGUAAAAGUGAAUGAGCGCUUGUGUUUGUUAAGACUAUUAUUUCAGGUUCAUGUUUGUAUGUGAUGUUUAUUAAAAUAAAUCACAAUAAUAACUGA